UGAACGAGUAUAAACAAUAUAUGCAUGUAUGUGUAAAGAGAGGUGUGUGUGUGUAUAUUGAGACUACAUCGCACUAAAAUACGAAAUAAUGACUUCGACGAGAAAUGGCUAUAGUCCGCGGACAUCGGGGUCAGGCGAAUCAUACCGAGGGUGGCCAUUAAGAUACGAGGUUCAACAACCUUCGCGAUUUAUCGGGGACAUCUUCCCAUGCACCGUGUUCCCCAGAAGAUUUCGUAUUUCAUGGUCAUUUGUUAGUAUUCUGGAAAUCACUCUCUUAGCUGUCCUGGCAGUUGCUUAUUUGGCUUUGAGCGAGCGGGUUUUAAAGGAGAUGCUGCCAGCGGAUGACAAACGAAUCAAUGAACUUGCUGAAUGGAUGUUGCGUCUUUUUGGCAGCCUUCUUAUUAUGCAGGUAACGUUUCUUUUGUGUGGGAUUGCAUUUGGCGAAGUCAGUGCAAGGAAGAUUAUCUAUUAUGGACUUUUGACWGGCAAUAUCCUGUCAGUUGCAAUGUAUGCAGCAUUCGUGCAUAGCAUGUCUGAGUGGAAUGCAAUCAACGUCAGCUUCGUGGUAGUGAUGUCGACAUUUACGAUGUUCAGAAUUAUUGUAUUAGUUCUCAAUCCACGUUGGUGGGUCUGGAAGAUAAGGCCGCUAACGUAAUCAAAUUGAAUUCGAUUCAAAAAAUUUGCACUCAAGUUUAACGAAAGUUGCAGCAGAGAUGAUCAUGAUGCUGAGAAUUCAAUUCAUGGCCGUUACAAGCUAAACAUGAAGAUCCGAGAAUGCCAUUAGUGACAUUAAUAGUAGAGUCAUGUAAAACAGAAAUCAAAACUUUGAAUGCACAAGUCAUGCAAUCAAAGACCACCAAUGAUAGUAAUAUUUUACAUUCAUAGAGAAAUCAAACUGUGCAGCAAGCAAUGCAUGGGUGACCAAACAAACAUAUUAUUGAAACGGAUUUACUGGAUUAAUGUAGUCAUCACUAAAAUCCAAAUUUUAUUUGAAUAUUGCAACACAAUAAGAAAAAAUUGUAGAAAAUUUCCUAAUUUAUGAGUAAUUUUUAUCUUGUAAAUAUUUUUUGUCUCACGCGUUGGUCGUGCGCCAAUCGAGCUCUGGCGCCCUUCAUAGGCUGCCUAUAUUUGCCUUCGAAUUCACACUCUAACGAACAUUAUAUUACUGUAAAGCAGAAAAUUGUUUUCGCAUAGCAAAAAGUAGGAUUAUUCUGAUGUAAAGGCCGAUUUGUAGUUGGCGCUAAAGAAGCAAAAUAGCUCCAAAACUUUUAAAAGCUCCAGUUACUUUUAAGACAAAUAAUUUACUUUCUUCAAAGUUUAUAAUAUUAGAAAAUUAAUCAUCUAUGACAAGUCGAUAGGUUAUAUAAAGUUCACUGCACUAGUAAUAAUAAUAAGAGUCAUAUUCACGAAAUCAAAAAUUGUAGGAAAAUAAGAAGUAACAAAUUAAUGUACUUCAAAAAAUUCAUCUAAAUAAAGAUAUUCUAUAUUAGAAUGCAUAAUUUAAAUAUUAGAUAUUUAUCCUGUAACAAUAUGCAAAGUAAAUUGUUUUUAUUGAUUGGGUGAUUGUUUUCUUUGUUACUUUGCACAGUAAGGUGUCGCGCGCUCUAGUGAAUACAUGUUAACAAAAAAGCGCGCAAAACAGGAAAACUAUGAAUUAAUUGCAUUGAAUUAAUUGGUUCAAUAACUCAGUAACUACCGUUGAAUAAAUGGAAAUAUAAAUGUGA